AUGGCAGAAAAGGCUCCCCCUAGCUUGAACAGGAAGACAUCAAGAUCAACGCUUUCUCUUCCUCCAGAACCUGUGGACAUUAUCAGGAGCAAAUCGUGCUCCCGGAGAGUUAAGAUCAACGUGGGAGGCCUCAACCACGAAGUCCUGUGGAGAACGCUGGACAGGCUGCCCAGGACCCGCUUGGGCAAGCUCCGAGACUGCAACACACACGAGAGCCUCCUGGAGGUGUGCGAUGACUAUAAUCUAAAUGAGAACGAGUAUUUCUUUGAUCGACAUCCUGGAGCCUUCACGUCUAUUUUAAAUUUCUACCGGACAGGGAAGCUACACAUGAUGGAAGAAAUGUGUGCACUCUCCUUUGGCCAAGAGCUCGAUUACUGGGGGAUUGAUGAGAUCUACUUAGAGUCCUGUUGUCAAGCCAGAUAUCAUCAGAAGAAAGAACAGAUGAAUGAAGAGCUGAGGCGAGAGGCAGAGACCAUGCGUGAGCGUGAGGGAGAAGAGUUUGAUAACACCUGCUGCCCUGAGAAAAGGAAGAAACUUUGGGACUUGCUGGAGAAACCUAACUCAUCAGUGGCUGCAAAGAUCUUGGCCAUCGUGUCUAUCUUGUUUAUUGUACUUUCCACCAUUGCUUUGUCUCUCAACACACUCCCAGAGCUGCAGGAACCAGAUGAAUUUGGUCACCCCAAUGACAACCGCCAGCUAGCACAUGUAGAGGCUGUGUGUAUUGCUUGGUUUACCAUGGAGUACCUUUUACGAUUCCUGUCCUCACCAAAUAAAUGGAAGUUCUUCAAAGGUCCACUGAACGUCAUUGACCUGCUGGCCAUCUUACCAUACUAUGUCACCAUUUUCCUCACAGAAUCCAACAAGAGCGUGCUGCAGUUCCAGAAUGUGAGACGUGUGGUUCAGAUCUUCCGCAUCAUGCGCAUCCUCAGGAUCCUGAAACUGGCCAGGCAUUCAACAGGCCUCCAGUCUCUAGGGUUCACCCUCAGACGGAGUUACAACGAACUGGGCUUGUUGAUACUGUUUCUGGCCAUGGGGAUAAUGAUAUUUUCCAGCUUGGUAUUUUUUGCUGAGAAGGACGAAGAUGCUACCAAAUUCACCAGUAUCCCCGCAUCCUUUUGGUGGGCCACCAUCACCAUGACCACCGUGGGCUAUGGAGACAUCUACCCUAAAACGUUAUUAGGGAAGAUUGUGGGAGGCCUGUGCUGUAUUGCUGGGGUCUUGGUGAUUGCACUUCCUAUUCCAAUCAUUGUAAACAAUUUUUCUGAGUUUUACAAGGAGCAGAAACGCCAGGAGAAAGCAAUUAAGAGGAGAGAGGCUCUUGAGCGAGCCAAAAGGAAUGGAAGCAUCGUGUCUAUGAACUUGAAAGAUGCCUUCGCUCGGAGUAUGGAACUCAUAGACGUAGCUGUGGAGAAGGCCGGGGAGUCCGCCAACACUAAGGACUCGGCCGAUGAUAAUCACCUGUCCCCAAGUCGGUGGAAAUGGGCCAGGAAAGCUCUGUCGGAAACAAGUUCCAACAAGUCUUACGAGAAUAAGUACCAGGAGGUUAGCCAAAAAGACUCCCACGAACAGCUGAAUAACACUUCUUCCUCCAGCCCACAGCAUCUAAGUGCCCAGAAACUGGAGAUGCUGUAUAAUGAAAUCACCAAGACACAGCCUCAUUCCCACCCGAACCCGGACUGCCAAGAACAGCCUGAGAGGCCAUCUGCCUACGAAGAAGAGAUCGAAAUGGAAGAGGUGGUCUGCCCCCAGGAACAGCUGGCCGUGGCGCAGACCGAGGUCAUCGUGGACAUGAAAAGUACCUCCAGCAUUGACAGUUUCACCAGCUGUGCCACCGACUUUACCGAGACGGAGAGAUCGCCCCUGCCACCGCCCUCCGCGUCUCACUUGCAGAUGAAGUUCCCUACUGACUUCCCAGGGACAGAAGAGCACCAAAGAGCCAGGGGUCCCCCAUUUCUAACGCUAAGCAGAGAGAAAGGGCCAGCCGCCAGGGAUGCCAGACUGGACUAUGCCCCAAUUGAUAUAACUGUGAACCUCGAGGCUGGUAGAUCCCAGAGUGGCCCACAUGGUCCUUUGCAAUCUGACAAUGCCACGGACAGUCCGAAGAGCUCGUUGAAAGGGAGCAACCCCUUAAAGUCCAGAUCGCUCAAAGUGAACUUUCAGGAAAAUAGAGGCAGUGCACCCCAGACCCCGCCCAGCACUGCUAGGCCGCUGCCUGUAACAGCGGCAGACUUUUCUCUCGCCACCCCACAGCAUAUCAGCACCAUUCUCUUGGAAGAAGCCCUGCCCCAAACAGAAAGACCCUUGCUGGGCACUGAGGUUUCAGCACCCUGUCAGGGACCUUCCAAAGUGCUGUCUCCUCUGUUUUCCAAACAGAAACUCUUCCCUUUCUCUUCCAGAGAGAGGAGGAGCUUCACUGAAAUCGAUACUGGAGAAGAUGAAGAUUUCUUGGAGCUCCAAGGGACAAGGUCAGAGGCACAGGCAGACUCCAGCCCCAAUUGCUUUGUUGAUAAGCCUCAGGAUGUCAGAGACCCUUUAAGAGAAGAGGGUUGUGUGGGCUCUUCCUCCCCACAGAACACAGGCCACAACUGUAGGCAAGACAUUUGCCAUGCUCUGGGUGAAGUCCAAAAGGACAGUACCCAAGAGGGGUGCAAGAUGGAAAACCACUUGUUCGCCCCAGAAAUUCAUUCCAACCCAGGAGAUACCAGUUACUGUCCCACGCGUGAAACCAGCAUGUGA